UCUCAUCAAAGCUCAGAGUCAAAGAGAGAGAGAGAGAGAGAGCGAAGAGGAGGAGAAGGAGAGGGUCGCCGGAGACGAAGAGAUGACGAGGCGUUGCUCUCACUGCAGCAACAACGGGCAUAACUCAAGGACAUGCCCGGCGAGGGCGGGAGGGGUGAAGCUCUUUGGAGUGAGGCUCACCGAAGGAGUAGGACCGAUGAAGAAGAGCGCCAGCAUGGGAUGCCUAUCCUCUGCUACCUCUGCCGCUGCCAUGGCAUCACCUAACAAUCCUGGAUCCCCUUCUUCCGAUCCCCAUCGGGAUCAUCCCUCUGGAUAUGCUUCUGAUGAUCCUACGCAUGCUUCCUGCUCUUCCAGUUGCCGCUCGGAGCGCAAGAAAGGCAUCCCGUGGACUGAAGAAGAGCAUCGUAUGUUCCUACUGGGCUUACGGAAAUUGGGGAAGGGUGACUGGCGUGGGAUAGCUCGUAACUUUGUUGUAUCAAGAACACCAACGCAAGUGGCCAGUCAUGCCCAGAAGUACUUCAUUCGACAAACCAAUGCAACAAGAAGGAAGAGACGCUCAAGCUUGUUUGAUAUGGUCCCUGAAAUGCCGAUGGAUGAACUGCCAGUUUUGGAAGAACAGUUCAUGGUUCAAUCCCCUCCCAAUGAACCCGAGACACAAAGCAAAUCACCGUCUUUACAUAUCUCUAUGGAUCAAGAACCUGAACCAAAAGAAACCUCAUCACAAGACACACCUGCAGAACCUCAAGAAAAUGCCCCUCAAUACAACACUAUGUCAAUACCGAUACCGAUGGUUCCUGCAUUUUAUCCAGCUUUCAUGCCCGUGCCUCUCCCGUUCUGGCCUGCUUCAAAUAUGACCAACACUACAAAAGAAGAAGAGAUGGGCGAGGCCCAUGAGGUUCUCCGGCCAACACCAGUCCUUCCAAAGGAUGCAAACCAUAUGGACUUUGGCAUGUCGAAGCUAUGCAUCGGUGAAGGUGGUCCUAGCCGUAUUGAGCCAUCAGCACUGUCCCUUAAACUGCGUGGACCUUCUUCGUCGAGGCAAUCAGCUUUCCACAUUAAUCCCUCUAUUGCUGGACCAGAUCUCAGCCAGAGCAAAACCAAUGCAAUCCAUGCAGUCUGAAGCAAAGCAAUAAGGCACUCUUUCUUCUACCAGUAUACAUAUUCUUCACUCACCUAUCACUUUUAUAUUAUUUUUAAUAUCUUUAUGGACAUAUAAUUAUGGCUAUUUAGUUUUUUUCUAUUUUUAUUUUUAUUUUUAUUUUUAUUUUUAUUUUUAUUUUUAUUUUUAUUUUUUUUAAUGUUGUUGUAAACUAGGCAUAAUCCUGACCAAAUAAGGGAACAUCAUUUGCAAGUUGUUGGUUGGCUGUAGGACAAUGUCUAAUGGAUUGUCUACAUAAAAACAUUCUUAGCUUUUUACA